UUCCUGUUCUCUGUUUACAGCCCUCUGAUUGCCCUGUCUACCCGUUGCACUUGCUGGACUUCAGAUCCAACCCCACGCCUGCUUGUUACCUUGGGAGUGUCCAGCUCCCCUCCCGGCCAGCACGAUGCCCAUCCUCAAGCAGCUGGUGUCCAGUUCUGUGCACUCGAAGCGCCGCUCCCGUGUGGACCUCACAGCCGAGAUGAUCAGUGCCCCGCUGGGUGACUUCCGCCACACCAUGCAUGUGGGCCGGGCUGGAGACGCCUUUGGGGACACCUCCUUCCUCACUAGCAAGGCUGGUGAGGCUGAUGGUGAGUCCCUCGAUGAGCAGGCCUCCUCCUCCUCCUCUUCCAAACGCAGCCUCCUGUCCCGGAAGUUCCGGGGCAGUAAACGGUCACAGUCUGUGACCAGAGGGGACCGGGAGCAGAGAGACAUGCUCAGCUCCCUGCGGGACUCAGCGCUGUUUGUCAAGAAUGCCAUGUCCCUCCCUCAGCUCAAUGAGAAGGAAACCACUGAGAAGGGCUCCAGCAAGCUACCCAAGAGCCUGUCAUCCAGCCCUGUGAAAAAGGUAGAUGCUGGAGAUGGUGGCCCGGAGACAGGCUCGGGGGAGAUGGGUCCCCGUCGGAAUGGGGCCACAGGCCCCCACUCCCCUGACCCACUCCUUGAUGAGCAGGCCUUUGGGGACCUGACGGAUCUACCCAUUGUGCCCAAACCCAGCUAUGGGCUGAAACAUGCUGAAUCCAUCAUGUCCUUCCACAUCGACCUGGGACCCUCCAUGCUGGGCGACGUCCUCAGCAUCAUGGACAAGGAUGAGUGGGACCCAGAGGAGGAAGAGGGUGGCGGUUACCGUGACAGAGAAGGCCCCAGCAGCAUGAUCCAGGCUCCCCCUUUGCUGGAGGUAGCUCCUUCUCUAGGAAGACAGGAAAACAAAGCCAACUCGGACCAGUCUUCCAUGCUGCCCCACCACGCGCUGGAGGAUGACGGGUGGGCGGCAGCAGCCCCCAGCCCCAGCUCAGCCCGCAGCAUGGGCAGCCACACCACUCGGGACAGCAGUUCCCUGUCCAGCUGCACCUCAGGCGUCCUGGAGGAGCGAAGCCCAGCUUUUCGAGGCGCAGACAGGGUCGGGGCUCCUGCCCCAAGGCAGCUAGACAAGGAAUUUUCCUUCAUGGAUGAGGAGGAGGAAGAUGAGAUCCGAGUUUGAAGCCUGACAGAAAGUUGAAAAGUAGCUUCCACAGCCCUGGGCUGCAUCUUUUCCCUGCUGCUGCCUUCACUGUGACCUUUGACCUUACUAUGUAGGUGCAGCUAAGAGCCUCAUAUUGGAGUAGACUCUGGACCUUGGGAACUGGGGUGCCAGAGAGAGUAGCAUGGGUACUGGUGGCCUGACCCCGACCUGUCCUCCCCACUGCGACAGCCUGGGACAGAGCUGUGUCCCAGCAGGAACACAUUACCCUCUCUCUGGCCCCUUGCUCCCAGCCUGCCCUCAGAUGGAUGCCAGAUGUUAGUUUGAGUUCCGGCAGCAAUGGCAGGACAGCCAGGUGUGGCUUUCUCUCAAGGGCUCGGACACUUGGCUCCCCUUUUUUCACCGGGUGUCUGGUGCCUACCAUUGAAGUGUAUGCAGCA